UGAAGAAGAAGGAGUGACGAAAAAACGCAAGCAAAAGUUAAUUGGUGAUCCUUCUCCAUCUUCUGAUUCUUCUCCAUAUAUUCCUGACGAAUUAGUACUUCAGAGCAUUGUGACCCGAUUACCGACUCGAAAGAUAUUUCAAUUCAAAUCUGUAAGCAAGUUAUGGUGCAAUUCAAUUUCUAAUGAUUCAGGAUUUGCAUUGUCUCACUUCGCUCAUCAUCAAAAUAAGACAAUUUUGUCUUUUAAUCUCCUUAAUGUAUUAGAUAGAAGAGAUGGUGAUCUGGUAAGAAAUUACUUUUUCCGGUUACAAAAGAAUCAUAGUCAUAUUUAUUUAUAUGAUUUUAAGUUAUUAACAAAAUCAGAUCCACCAGGCCACUCGAUUGAACCAGUAGGUAAUUGUAAUGGUUUAGCAUGUGUUAAACGUCUGAGUGCUUCAGCUGGUUUUGAAGAAAUUUUUAUUAUCAAUCGUGUUACUAGGGAAACCCUUAAUAUCACCUGUUUAACUCCUGAGAUUGGGGAAGGAAGGGGAUCGUUAACAUAUUUGUGUCAUGGUUUUGGCUUUGAUUCAUUGUCAAAAGAGUACAAGGUAGUACUUAUUUAUACAACUUCAACAGUUGAUGGUGAUGAGGGGUUUAUCUGCAUGGUGGUUACAUUGGGAGGUAGAUCAUGGAGGAAGAUAGUUACUAGUACUUGUGAUAUCUCGCCACCACCAGGCCACUCUCCUGUUCCAAGUAAAAUGGUGACGACAAUGUGGAGAGAUGAUCGUAGAUACUCCACCACUUGUGGGAAUGAUCUUUUAUGGAUGGUUACUAAUACCGGCAGUGAUGAUGGGAACAAGAAUCAGAUGUUGCUCUCUUUUGACGUUCAUAACGAGAAAAUACAGUUUAUUCGACUCCCUCCUGAAUACAAUCCUCUGAUCUCGACGUUCGAAAGGGAUGGUUCUCUAGAAAUUGCUUAUCAUCUUCUGGAGUUUAAAGGAUAUCCUUGUGUUGCACGUUCUGAAAGGGUAUUGAAAUAUAAGAUAGACAAUCCAGGCUCUAAUUAUAGAAGAUUUUGUUCUUAUGAUAUUGAGGUUAAUUUGUAUAUAUUGGAGGACAAGAUCAGGCAAACAUGGAUAGAGGAGAAGACUUGCAAUGUUGGAUUGAAGGACGGCAGCGUAUCGCCUGCAAGUUUAUAUCGCAAUCCUUUCAUGCGGUACUUCAGCUCUACCAUUUCUGAUAACCAAGUGUCUCCUCCUACACGUAUGUUCAGUUUCUCUGAUCGAGUGAUACUGUAUUGGUUUGAUGGGGGGUGUCUUAUAUUCUACGAUUUGGAAAUGAAACAUCAUAACCUGGUACAAGGCAUCGAGUCCCACAAUGUGCGAACUGGUGAUGUUUUUGAGGCUAAGAUGGUAGAGAUCAGGCCAGACACUGCUUUUGGUGAGGAUAUUGAUGAUAGUGAAUGUGAUUGUCCCUGCACCGAUUAUCAGCUGCAUGUGCAAGCGGAAAACGUGAUUUCGCUGAAAACCUUCAUUCCUAAAGAAGGAGAAGUUGGUGAAUUUGGUUGUUCUGUUACAAAUAAUUUCAACAAUUUGUAACUGACACCUGUAGGAUGGGUGGAUAUGGGUAAAGAGCAUCAGCUAAAUGAGACCUACAAUUCCUGACCUGGAUGUUUGUUGGGGUUCUUAUGAAGUCUGUGUUGGAUCUCAGCAUAUCAGGCUUCAGCUGAAGUAACUGUAUUCAUCCAUAUAGCUCACUGUUGCAUCUCUAAUGAAUUUCUCAUUCUGCCCAUCUUCACGUUCAUCUGAACUGCCACUACUGCUUACUUCAUUACAUACUAGGUAGAUCAUAUGACCUAAUUGUUUACUAUUCAUUUUUGUUCCUUCAUACAUUUGAAUCCAUGGAAAAUAUUAGAGAUGAUAAACUUAACACCUUUGAAAUACUGUAACUUCACGCCCUGAAUUGCUACUCAGGUAGUCAGGGAUAUCCUUCUUGUCAUUUCUUAUGUUUGAUAAUGUAAUAUCCUCCCUUUAUAAUUUGAAUA